AAAAGAUAUUAAUUAACGUCAUAUUUGACUAUACAUAAUGUCUUAUUACUAUUUUAGUUACGACCUGUACUCAAUGGACAGCGGUAAAAUUGACAAGCGAACGGCAGGAUACGCACGUGUUGGUAGCGUUUGCAGUAUGGACAGUGUGUCGGUCAUUGAGGACCACGGUGGAUUCCAGAGCAUCAACGCUGCUGCCCACGAAUUAGGUCACGGACUCGGUAGUAGGCAUGACGGUAAAAUGAACUCCUGUGAUCCCAGAGAUCAGUUUAUAAUGACAGCGCAUGGUGGUUUUGAAACGGAGAAGACUAAGGGCAACCCCUGGAGAUUUUCCAAAUGUUCUGUAGCUUAUUUCAAAGAUUAUAUAUCAAGAUUACGUCCACGUCACUGUCUUACUGACCCAGUUGAUAUAUUCGACCGCGAUGAGUAUAUCAAAUUUAUCUCCACUUACCCGGGUCAGGAUUACUCACCAAAUGAACAAUGCCAGGAUAUUUUAGGACUUGAUUCUUACUAUGGAUGGGGCCCUGAACUUGGUAAAUUUAGUGAUAUAUGCACAGAAAUGUCAUGUAAGGUGCCGGGAGCCAGUCGAUCAUACAGAGUUUAUAAGGCGGCUACGGGAACAUCUUGCGGGGACAAAAAGUGGUGCAUGGAAGGACAGUGUGUGUUUGCUGAAAAAGCGCCACCUAAAGAUCCUGCAUGUGUGUUCGGAGAUAUACAGCGUCUGUUUGGUUCGAAGAAACAAUCCUGCCGACAAUAUAUGAUAGAUAACCCAAUGAGAUGUUACGAUAAAUUUUACAGCUCUCGAUGCUGUGACACGUGCGAAAGACUAAACACCGGCGUUAGAGGAUGUGAAUACGGCGAUAAAUUCUUAAACUGUCGAGCAAGCGGGUGUUUUGAUACUAGUUACGCACGAGACUGUUGUAGCACGUGCGGACUGGCUCCUCAUCCAGUGAUUAAAGCACUCACUACAACCGCCCGACCUCCUGUUACCCGGAAACCAUGGACCCCAAGACCGACAACGAGCAAACCAUGGUCCCCGAGACCAGUACCAACAACACGACAACCAUGGACCCCUAGACCAAUACCAACUACAAGAAAGCCAUGGACACCAAGACCCACUCCAUCUAACAAGUGGACUCACGUUCCAAUACCGACUAGACGUCCACCUCCAACCAGACGUACCACAACUCAAGCACCUACAGUCAAGCCAUCUGGUAGUUCCGGUUUAUGUAUCAGUCCAGAUAAUCGAUUUUUAUUGGUCUUUAAGUGUUCAUCAUUGCCCAAUUUGUUUGGUCAAAAUGCAUGUGACAAUACGCUUGUAGCACGAUAUUGCUGUGAACGCUGCCCGGAACCCAAACAGCAAGGUUGCGUUGACUCACCGAAUUGCAAAGUUCAGUAUUCAAGAGAGUGCUACACAGAGUCUAAUAAAAAGGAGUGUUGUAAAACGUGCAAAAGAUUUGAAACAAGUCGGAAAGGAUGCGAGUACGGCGAUAAGAUACGUUCAUGUGAAAGGUACGUUGGGGAGCUCGGUAUUUCAUUGGUUUGUUCCCGGUACAAGGACUAUUGCUGCGGAAUAUGUAACGCUCUUGCCACAAACCAGGAACCAGCGAGCGUAAACGAUAUCCACAAACCGGUCGAUCCGUUCUCCGGAGCUGUUAAACAAAUUCACCGUGCCGACCCAACGUUACGUGCUAUUGCAGCAACCGGUAAAGCCCCAACCGGUAAAGCCCCGGAUAAAAACGAAAAAGGCACAGCAAAUACAAACACGAAUGCUAAUGCAAAUAAAGAUGCAGGGAAUAUAAAUAAAGAUAAAAAUACGAAUAAUAAUUUUACACCAUUUGGUUUUGAACAUCCAAUGACAAAUAUUAACGGUUUUUCAAUGAGGUCGCAUUCGUUUCAAAGUGCUCCAGGUCACGUGGUGCAUACUGUUAUUUAUAGACCAGUAAAUCGGCGAGGUAGAGGGAGCAUCUUCAGGCGGACACGACCUGCUCAAAGACAGCAGCUUCUUAGACGAUUAAAUUUUAUGGUAAAUCAGGGAUGAUUUUUAAUGUAACAGUGUGUGUGUUUUUUGUAUUUUUUUCCUUAAUUUUGUAAAUAUAUUUGUUAAUUUAAAAUUUCCAUUUAUUUCUACAAGUUGUUUAUAUGAUUUCUUUUUCGAAUUCAACGCAUCUGUUUAAAUCAUCACGAUCAUCCAACACAAAAUGUAAAUAUAAGUAAAUGUUUAAUAAAAAUUGUAUUGUUAUGUCUCAACUAUUUUUGAUCGGUAAUUGUUUUAUCACACUAAGUAUGAAAUCUGUCAUUAUAAAACUUGUUUACGAAAUAGGUUCAUUGACGGCUGCUGAAUAAUUUAUUCAUGACUUCAAUUUUAUUACCCCGAAAAGAUGACGUCUACUAGGUUAAAUAGUGCAAAUAUAACACGACAUUUUGC